AUGCCCGACGGCAGUCGGAUCAUCUUUGUCACAACAGGCAUCACCACCUUCUCUUCUAUCACUCCCAACUACCUCCUUUACGCAACUUGCAAGGGGGCUAUUAAGCAAAUGACCCGCAUGAUGGCCAAGGAUCUCGUACCAAAAGGUAUUCAUGUCAACGCCCUUAGCCCAGGACCUACUACUACCGAAUUCUUUUUUCAGGACAAAACAGAUCAAGUUAUUAAGGCCAUAAACAAGAGAAAUCCUUUCGGCAGACUUGGAGUGGUCGAAGAGAUUGCCGACGUUUUCAUGUUCCUAUGUAGCAAGCAGAGUAGCUGGGUCAAUGGGCAGUGCUUACUGGCGAAUGGAGGAGCCAUGGUCUGA